AUGGGUCUCAAAGAUGCCAUCAAGAAGCGAGCUUCACGUCUGUUCCACAGAGAUGGUGCAGGAAAGACAUCUGAGAGUCCCAACGCGGAGCCGUCAAGCAACAGAAACAGUUUGAAUGCUUCAGACAGAAAGUCCCAGUCGCGCCAUCGCAAGUCACUGAGUCUCUUGAGCAGAACUUCAAGGUCUGAACACAAAGUUGACCAUGAAGCUCCUCAAUUGAAACCCGCCAGUGCUCCUCAAAACACAAACGGCUUCCUAGCUCAUCCGGCAGUUCAGCCGUUAGAGGCGGAUCUGACCCCCAAAACCCCAAGACUGGAACGCCAACGGCCUGGUAUCCAAUUAGAAGAUGCCGGUGAGGCACAUACUGAUGGAAAUGCCGGCGGCAACGAGUACUUCGAUGCUUCAUCAGACCGGGCAGCUCGACAAGAUACCACUGGGGUAGAGAAUGCGAACCAUCAAAAGGCGAGGCCAGCUAAUUCGCCUGAUGCAGAGGACCUCGAAAGAAGGCUGUCCCGUCUAGCUGUUUCUCAACAGGAAUCGGAGCUUCCUGAAAUAGAGGUCGACCCUUUGACUCCAUUUGAUCACUUCGAAGAGACCCAUUAUGACCAGGCGAAGCUCUCGCGACUAGCAAUUGGGCAAGAAGGUCCCGAAAAGCCAGCAACACACAUCAAUCCCAUAUCUCAAGAGUCUGAUGUCAAUUUGGAGUCGAAUACUAGCCAGGAGGGCAACAUCAAGCAUAACUUGGAAGCUAUUCACCCACGAGACGCCGAGUUCGACCGCAUCAAUAAGGAAGUCCAGGCUGGCACAGAAGGUGGAUCCAACUUUCAUCUCCAGAACAGCCUUGACUUCGACAGGACAGUUCACACAGACCGAGACCCGGUUGUCCAUGAGAAUGUCCGUCCUCAUGUACACGAAAUCCGCCAAGUGCAUAGAACACUGUCUACCCAUAUACACGAGCAUGUGAAUCUGAUUCAGCCAAUUAAGGAUCCUAACCCUACAAUACUCCCAGAGCAACACUGGCUGCAAGAUGAUAAGACCGGCGAAAUUUACAGAAUCCCCGAUGAGCUGGGAAAGCAACUGAUGUAG